AUGUCCGUUGCCAACAACAACACCAGCGCAAGAUCCCAACACCCAUCAAAGAGCCCAGCGCCACCUCACGAUGAGGCUCAGGUCGCCAAGAUUCCUCACUUCCUCCCUCACGAGCGUGUCUUUCCCAUACAGAUAGGCAAUGAGCUGUUCAAGCUCUCCGGCGCAUCCAUUUCAUCCGAUGCGCCGUCGUAUUUCUCUCAAUACUUUUACUGCCAGGUCAAAAAGGCGCAAGAAACCGGCGAGGACCUCUCCAAUGCCAUCCGCACCUUGUACAUUGACCGCGAUCCCCAGACUUUUGCCGACAUCUCCCUCCACCUCCAAGGCUAUCAUGUCAAACCCCGAGACGGCACGCACUUUGUGCGACUUUUUGCCGAUGCGCAAUUCUAUAGCUUGCCCAAGUUGAUAUCACAGCUCUACGAGGAGUCAAUAUUCAUCUCCAUCGGCCACCGCGAGUUUCAGAUCCCCCGCGACAUCUUCACCGACCCAGGCAAUUCGCCAAACUUCUUCUCUCUAGGCUUCGCAGUCUUCUUCUCGAACCCCGAAGACCUGUUCCCCGGCCUUGACCGCGAAGGCCUCCUCCGCCCGCCCUCCAUCCUACCGCCGUCCGUCCCGAACCGCUCCGCCGAUACCUUUGCCGAGAUCCUACACCUGCUACGCGGAUACCCCGUAACGAUCCGUAACGAGUCGCACCGCGCCGAGCUACUACGAGACUGCCGCUACUUCAACUUCAAAGGCCUGGAGCAGAAACUCAUCCCCCAUCACAUCAGCCAUAACCAGAGCCGCCGGCGCGAGGAAAUCCUCCUGCGCCUCGAAGAUAUACUGAAAAGCGGCAUCAGCGUCGCCGCAGACGUCUCGGCCUCCCCCGCCGAGCAUCUCUCCGGCUGGGUAAACUACGCCCGCCCCUACGUUGACGACCGCGCGGCGGAGCUGGUCCUCGAAAUCGGCGGCGAGAGCACCCGCCUACACUUUCACCACAGCUCCGGCUCCGUCCGCGCCGAAUUUUUCAAGGACACCCGCGCCCGCGUGGCGCGCCUCUUCGAAGUCGUGGCCACCAAGCUCAAUCUCCCGCCGACGACCCAACCCCUGGGCCUCCUCAUGGCCUCGGGCGGCGCCGGCAGCCAGCCCCCGACACCGGGACAUACCCCGCUCAGCGAGGACCUCGUGCGCGUGUCUAUUGACAGCGACACCUCCAUCACCCUUGACGGCAGACCACAUACUCUGGACUUUGAAGACCUGCAACAAACCACCACCGCCGCCAACCCCAUGUCCGCGGCCUCGAGCACAGCCGAAUCACCCACAGCGACGACAGCGUUCCAGCCCAACUCGCGCAAGCGGAGGCGGGUCGACUCUCACGGCUUCGCGACGGCUGCAGGCCAGGGCCAGGCGGCGCUUGCGGCCGAGGAGUGGGUAGUUCGGACGGGCCAGUGGAGGCUCAAGAUUCAGGGGUCACGCGGCGGAAAAAGCUCCGUCGAGUGCGUGCUCGUCGCCGUCAAGCUCGACGCAUAUAGCUCGGAGAAUGCAAGGAAUGCAACCAGGGGGUUCCUGAACGGAUGA